GGAAACACACCAGGUCCUCCUCGACAGGGAGGACGAUGACAAUUGCAACGAACUGAGUCUUGCGUUCCAGCGAAAUUAGCGAAAUUAGCGACAUCCCCGACAUUCCCGUCAUGACUGGUCCAUGAUGCCUCUUUCAUUGCAACCCCAACCUCUGUGGCGUAAGGCGCCGGUCUUCUUCUUCGUGGCCGCCUUCUUCUCCGCCUGCUUUGUAGUCUUUUUCUAUUCCAGACCCCCGAGCCAGAUCGUGUCGCUUCCCGACCCCGAGCUCAGCCCCUCGCUCCCUCCCCCCGACGAAUACAACCCGUGCUCCGUGGACCUCGACCGUCUUCGCAAGUAUUCCAAUCACUCCGUCGAGUCCGUCGAGUACGCCCGGUUAGAAAUCGCCGUAACCCCCACGGAUAACUUCACUCGCCAUGCCGAUGCCCUCAACACGCGCUUCCCCAAGUUCCGCACCGUUCGUUUAGACACCGAGGCGCAUCGACAAGACCUGUCGCCGGACAAAUGCACCGCCUCCGUCACGAUCCAGGGCCCCAUGCCGAGCGCCCGCCCCGAUGCGUCGCACAUGAUCUUCGGCCUUGCAACGUCCCUGGAUAGACUCCUCGACUCCCUGGAUGCUUUCGCACACUGGGCUGCGGGCACCAAUGCGCAACUCCUGGUCGCCGUCGAUAACGGGGGAGGGCCCGAGAAAAAGCAGGCACAACAGCGGGCGGAUGCGUUGGGAAUCCGUCUCACCAUCCUGCAGGAGGAGGACGAGCGCUUGGACCGAUACUUCUAUUUGAUCCGAUACCUGUACAAACACCGGGAUGCAAACACCCAGUGGGCCGUGAUGAUGGACGACGAUACUUUCUUCCCGUCCAUGACGAGGCUGGUGGAUCGGCUGGCCACCUACGACACGACAAAGCCUCAGUACGUCGGGGGCGUGACCGAGGACCUGCAGCAUAUGUACGGCUCGGGGUACAUGGCGUACGGAGGUGCGGGCAUCUUCCUCUCCAUGCCGCUUCUCCAGCAGCUGCAGCCAUACUUUGACGAAUGCUAUGUUUUCAAAGCGGGAGGCGACCGCAUGCUCUCGCGGUGUAUCUAUGCGCACACGACCACGAAGCUCUCGGUGGAGCGGGAUCUCUUCCAGCUGGAUCUUCGUGGCGAUGCGUCGGGCUUCUACGAGGCCGGACGCGGCCAGCCGCUCUCCGUGCAUCACUGGAAGUCCUGGUUCGAGGCCGACAUGGUGGGCCUCAGCAAGGUGGCCAGCAUCUGCGGCGAGGAAUGUCUGCUCCACCGGUGGCUCUUGCCGGACGAAUGGUACCUGGUCAAUGGGUUCUCCGUGAUCAAGUACUCGACCGUGUCGGAUGAUCCGUUGCCUAUGGAGCAUACCUGGGACGCGAGCAAGUAUCCCGGCCCGGACCCGUUCACCUGGAGUCUAGGGCCCCUACGUCGCAAGGAUGAGAACAAGAUUUCGUUCCGACUAAGAGAUGCAGUACAGGAGGAGGGGCGGGUGCGGCAGAUGUACGUGCAUGAGGUGGCGCCAAAGAAGCUGGAGGUGUUGGAGGUGGUUUGGAACCUGGUUCCGUGAGGAACUGGUUUUUAUGUUCCUUUUUGAGACCGAUAGACACAGAGAUACGAUACUGUGUAUAGAUUCUACCUAGUCUUUCAGCUUGAUGCUGGAGCAGUGGAGGAAAAAGUCUCAAGUGCCUCG